AUGGAGAAGUUUGAUCACCAGGACAAGUCAACGUAUUUGUCCGGCCGGAAGAAGGUGCCUCUCCGCCCCGUCAUUUCACCCUCGCUCAUGGUGGCGGACCAGACGCAGCUGCUGCUGGAAUCACUGGAAGUGCUGUCUCCGGAGGGGGGUUCUGUUGACUGGCUGCACGUUGACAUUAUUGAUGGCCAUUUUGCUCUAAACAUGUGCUUCAGUCCUUACACGGUGGCUGCGCUGCGUCGUCGCCUUCCUCACGUCUUUUUGGAUGUUCAUCUUAUGGUGAGAGAGCCCGAAAAAUGGGUACGCCCGUUUGCUGAGGCCGGGGCCUCACAGUUCACCUUCCAGAUCGAGACCGCCAAGGACCCAAUGGCACUGGCACGCAAAAUUCGUGAGGCUGGUAUGCAGGUAGGCGUUUCAAUCAGUCCUCGCACUCCGAUUGACGUACUUAUCCCCCUGAUCGAGAGCGAGGCCAUGGACAUGGCGCUCGUGAUGACGGUGGAGCCUGGAUUUGCGGGACAAAAAUUUAUGCCGGGAACUCUUGCAAAGGUACGACAGCUGCGUGAACGGUACCCCUAUCUAAACAUUGAGGUGGACGGUGGUAUCACACUUGAUACCGUUGAAGCCGUUUCGUCGGCAGGGGCCAAUUGUCUGGUUCCAGGAAGCGCUGUCUUCAAAGCCAAGGAUCGGCAAGCGAGCGUUAAGAAGCUGCGCCAAGUCGUUAGCAUUCACUUGCAAUCUCGCUUGUAG